AGCGGCGGGCACCUCCAAACACGUGUUGCGGCGAAAUCACCGCUGUUUCUGUAUUUGUCUUUCUUUUGUGUAUCCCUGCAGGGACGACGACUGCAGGCGGUUGUUGUGAGCGUAGGCUGGAGUUCAAUACCCUCGGAAGUGUUCAUUUAUUUCGACGCCUAAGAGCAACGGGCCGUCAUGAAGCUAACUCAAGUCAUCGCCCUGACAGCAGCCGUCUUCUUGAGAGCUCCAGCGUCUUCGGCGUCUUCCAAAGGACAAACGAAUCAAAAGUGCGGAUAUGAGAGCUGUCCGGCGACCAGACCGGGCAUGUUAAACGUCCACGUGCUGGCCCAACACAUGGAUCUUGGAUGGCUGAAGACAGUCGACCAGUACUUCUAUGGAACUAAGAAUUAUUACGCAAACGUGGGCGUGCGCUACAUCUUCGAGAGCGUGCUGAAUGAGCUGGAGAAUGACCCAAGCCGGCGAUUCAUCUUCGUCGAGACAGGCUUCUAACCUCUGUGGAAGACGCUCAGCGAAAACAGGAAAAAGCGCUUCAACGCGCUCGUCCAGUCUGGUCGCUUGGAGUUCAUCAGCGGUGGCUGGGUGAACGACGAAGCAUGCGUCCACUACACCAACGUGAUCGAUCAAAUGAAUGGUAUGCGCAAGCUCAACGACACCUUCGGCAAAUGCGGUGUACCGAGGAUAGGAUGGCAAAUUGAUCCUUUCGGCCACUCCAGAGAAUUCGCAUCCCUUCUGGCGCAGAUGGGAAUGGACGGGUACUUUUUUGGACGACUCGAUUACCAAGAUUUCAGAGCACGCAAGAAAGAUCACCGACUAGAAUUUGUUUGGAGUGCCAGCGAGAACCUAGGUAAGCCCUUCG